AGUAGUAGUAGUAGUAGUAGUAGUAGUAGUAGUAGUAGUAGUAGUAGUAGCAGUAGUUGUUGUUGUUGUAGUAGUAGUAGUAGUAGUAGUAAAAGUAGUAGCAGCAGCAGCAGUAGUAGUAGCAGUAGUAGCAGUAGCAGCAAUAGCAGUAGCAGUAGCAUUAGUAGUAGCAGUAGCAGUAGUAGCACCAGUAGUAGUAGUAGUAGUAGUAGCAGUAGCAGUAGCAGUAGCAGUAGCAGUAGUAGCAGUAGUAGUAGUAGUAGUAGUAGAAGUAGUAGCAGCAGCAGCAGCAGCAGUAGUAGUAGUAGUAGUAGUAGUAGCAAUAGUAGUAGUAGCAAUAGUAGUAGUAGUAGUAGUAGUGAUAGUAGUAAUAGUAGUAGUAGUAGUACAGAAGCAAGUAGCAGUAGCAGUAGUGGCAGUAGCAGUAGCAGUAGCAGCAGUAGUAGUAGUAGUAGUAGAAGCAGUAGCAGUAGCAGCAGUAGCAGUAGUAGAAGUAGCAGCAGUAGCAAUAGUAGCAGUAGCAGUAGAAGCAAUAGUAGCAGUAGCAGCAAUAGUAGCAGUAGUAGCAGUAGCAGUAACAGUAGCAGUAGCAGUAGCAGUAGCAGUAGCAGUAGAAGUAGCAGUAGCAGUAGCAGUAGCAGUAGAAGUAGCAGUAGCAGUAGCAGUAGCAGU